UUUCCGCCCGCCCGCAUCUUUUGUAAACCCAGCCCACUAAACCACGGACGCAUCUGCCAGUUCGUGCCUGCCUGCGUGUGUCCUGUCCGCCAGCCCCCACAGGAAUACAGGAUCGCACCCACCCGCUCAGCUCUCCGCCGUCGUCGAAGAGCGCGGAAGAACCUCUCGCUGCCGACGCCGCUCAUCGGACGGGAUGCAGGUUCCAGGCGGCGGCGGCGGAGGAGGAGCUGGAAGGGAAGCGGGGGACACGCGGGGCCGGCACCGGAUCCAGGCUGAGCUCAAGAAGCUGGAGCAAGAAGCGCGCUUCCUCAAGGAGGAACUUCAAGAGCUAGAGAAAACGGAUAUAAUAUCAGCAGCAUUGCAAGAGUUUCUUGUAACAAUUGAAGGAAAAGCAGACCCUCUACUUCCUGUUCUCAGGAAUUCCUUUUCUGUUACCGCAGAACUACCGGAGUGGCUUACCAGUCUUGGGAUAGGUGGUUUGAAGGUCCAGAAGAUCUGCGUAGAUGCAAAUGCUGGUGUCUGUGAUCAUUGCCAAGAAAUUCAGAAUUACACCAAAAAUUAAGAGGCAAUUGUUGCUUUGUAGAUUGUUUUUCAUCACGCCAGCAUGAAGUCCCUUCACCUAAGUCGAGGAUCUGACUCUUUUCCUUGCUCGAGUUUGUUGAGUUUGUUAACAAAAUCUGCUGAAGAGUGGCAUGAAAAGGCAACUGUGGGAUAAGAAGCAACAUUGAGGAUUGACUACAGCUUUGUUCUUCGUUGACUUCUUUGUAUUAAGUUCCUGAGCAUAUAGUAUUUCUUUUGUCGGUAAAGUAUGAGAUCUUAGCUCAAGAAUUGAUGUCUUGUCCGAGAGAUUUAGAUUGAGCCUAUUCACUUUACAUCAGUGUUCUUGGAUAUGAAAACCAAUGUCAGAAAUUGACAACUUACUUUUAUUGUUAAGGGAUUGUCUAUUCAUCAA